GAGUUCACCUUCCCUUAAAUCAUUACACUAUGACGAUGUUUAUUUUGUCAGAAACUUGGCUAUCACUGACUCAUACACAUUUCGCGAUUUACUGUCAGAAAUCGAUUUUGCAGGAUCACCACCACCUGGAAAACGACUUGUGAUUUCAGAUAUCAGGCGAGAAAAGAUAUUUCCCCUUGAUCAAGCCAUUCGAAAUGUGAUUCGAUACCCAAAGGAGACUCAUAUUGAAUUCUAUUUAGGGCUUUCUGAAAAAGCGUCUAUUAAUUGGGAUCAUUACAUCUAAAUAAUAAAGAGACAUACUUGAUAGAAAACAUUCAUUUGAUUGGUCAAAGGAACGCGUACCUAAAAUAACAAUAGAAACAAGCGCGUAGUUCCCUUUUUUUUUUUCUCUCUUUAACGAUGAAUAGAAUUAGACAAGAUAACUAUAAGCAACAAUUAGAAUGGUUUAAUAUAUCAGUAAAACCUGUGGUUAUCACUCAAUAUGAAAAAGUAUUUAAACCUGUUGUCUUCAAGUCUUUGCCUGAGUCAAUACAGAAUCAAUCAAUACCUGAUCUAUCAAAAAGCAUAUCUACGCAUACCUCAUUAGACUCACCUCCUCUUUCUAUCACUACACAUGCUUCCAAUUUAACAGAUUCUAGAUCAACUACGCAUACCUACACAUUCACUUCUUCUACAUUAAGCACUAAGACUCACUCAUUCAAUGAGACUGCAAUACCAGGUCAAAAAAGAAAUCGAGAGAAUGAACUUACCAAUCAAAAGAGAACAUCUGAUCAUGAUGCACUCUUGAUUGACUUGACAGAUAGUCAACCUAAGCGAUCUAAAGUUACUUCUCCUGUUCCUUUUGAUGAUAUGGACAUGGACGACUUUGUUAUAAAUGAUGAUGACGAUGAUGGUGAUUUUGUGCCGACCCAUAAUGAUGAUGAUGAUGAUUUUGGUAUACUAGAGGAUGGUAUAGACGAAGAUUCGAGUAUGUUUCUUUCUAUUGAUGAUGAAGCUAUGAUGGAAUUAGAUACAGUAAAACCAGCACAGACAAAAGAAGAAUUGAAAAUGAUUUUGGAUACACUUAAGGAACAACAACAUGAAGUGAACAACAGUAUAGUAGAGGGAUUAUCAAAUAAUGCAAGUGAAGCAGAGCAGAACAGAUUGUUGGAGGAAAGAAAGAAGCUUGUUGAAGACAUUAAGCAAGUACAAGAGCAACUUGAUAACUAUGACAGCCUAUCAGCCAAUCAUACACCUGUCAAUCAUACACCUACAAACAAUACACCUACAGACAGUACAAUGGUUGUGCUGGAUAAUGAAACUACACCAGAAGUAUCUCCAUUCUUUUCAGGCACAGAAACAAGAACGGCGGCUGUCUUAUCACCCAAUGCCUCUCAUGUUAUUUCAACCCAAGUAGCUGUCCCUACUCCACCAUCUGCUCCUCAACCGACUUAUCCAUGGAGCAGAGAUGUUCGCAAAGCUCUUGUUCAAAACUUCAGAUUAACCGAAUUUCGUCCUAAUCAACUUGAAGCCAUCAAUACAACACUGAAGGGUGAAGAUGUGUUUGUGCUUAUGCCUACAGGUGGUGGUAAAAGUCUUUGUUAUCAAUUACCUGCUAUCAUUCAACGCUUUGAACGACAAGGUGUCACGUUUGUUGUAUCUCCCUUAUUGUCUCUGAUGCAAGAUCAAGUAGAACAAUUAGUGGAAGGGAAAGGUAUUGCAGCAGGCAUGUUGAACAGUACUGUGCCUGCCUCUCGAAAGAAAUGGAUCUUUGAGGAUCUCCAGUUAGCUACACCUACUAUGCAAUUACUGUAUGUGACACCUGAAUUACUGAGUGUAUCCAACCAGUUGAGAUCCACAUUGGAUAACUUGCACAGACGCAACAAACUGGCUCGAUUUGUGAUUGAUGAAGCACACUGUGUAUCUCAAUGGGGACAUGAUUUUAGACCAGACUAUAAACUGUUAGGUUUCUUAAAGGACUCUUAUCCUAAUGUACCCAUUAUGGCAUUGACAGCAACUGCAAAUGAAGCUGUUCAAAAAGAUGUGUUGUUUAAUCUCAAGAUGAGGAAUCCUAAAGUAUUGAAACAGAGCUUCAAUCGAAGUAAUCUCAUUUAUCAAGUUGUGAAAAAGUCUGGCAAGACUAUAUGUAAAGACAUGAAUGAUUUCAUACGUCAACAUCCAGGUCAAUCAGGUAUCAUUUACUGCUCUACACGAAACAACUGCGAACAAGUAGCCGAAACACUGCGCCGUGAUUUUGGUCUGUCUAUCAAACACUACCAUGCAGCUAUGACACCUGCAGAAAGAAUGGUUGUACAACGUGAGUGGCAGACAGGUCAAGUACAAGUCAUUGCAGCUACUAUUGCUUUUGGUAUGGGGAUUGAUAAGCCUGACGUUCGAUUUGUACUUCAUCAUUCUGUGCCUUCGUCUGUUGAGGGCUAUUAUCAAGAAACAGGCCGUGCUGGUCGCGAUGGUUUGCCUGCUACAUGUCGACUCUACUAUUCGUUUGCAGAUACUCGUACACACAACUUUUUGAUUGAUCAAGGCGAUGGCAGUUGGGAACAAAAGCAACGUCAACGCAACAACCUGAAUACAAUGAUUCGAUUCUGUGAUAAUACUACAGACUGUCGACGUAAACAAAUCAUGGGCUAUUUUGGUGAAAAGUUCGAUACUGCCCUGUGUCGUCGUAUGUGUGAUAACUGUGUCAAUAGCCAACACGCUCAGAAUGUCAUGAAGGACUUGUCCAACGAAGCUAUCGUGAUCAUCAAAAUCAUGGAACAAAUCCAGCCUGAUCGUGUCACUUUUGCUCAAUUGGCAGAUAUCUUUCGUGGCUCUAAAAACAAGCGUCUGUUGGACCAUGGUCAUGAUCGACUAAAUGGGUAUGGUCAUGGUAAGAGUAUGCUGCGUCAAGAUGUGGAUCGUCUGUUACGUACGAUGAUGCUGGACGAUGUUAUCCGUGAAAAAUCUGAGUGUAAUGCAAGAGGGUUCCCUAUCACCCAAGUCUUUCCAAGUGUGAAGGCAGGGAGUGUAUUGAAUGGAACACACAAGAUACUGGUGUCUUAUUCUAAAACGACCACGUUAAAUACGGCUCAAACCAAAACUGGAUUUGUGUCUGCUGGAUCCAUGGUGCCACCAGCAGCUGGUCAAGCACGGAUUUCGGGUGGUAGGAGAGUAUUGCCGACAACGAAUUUCAGAGCACCUACCAAGACAACAUCAAGGAGUCCGUCCUCUUCAGCACCACCAAAAGAUGAUGGUUUUGUUACUUGUAUGAAAGAAUUUAAGGCACUCAGAGCACAGUUGAUGAGCCAAUACAAUCUUCAGACACCUAGUAGUAUUUUGACAGAUACAUCAUUGAGACAACUUGCCGAGAAAUUACCGUUAACAGAUAGAGAAUUCUUGUUAGUGACACCUAUGAAACCAGAGAAUUACGCUAGACUAGGUGAACCUUUCUUAAAGAUUUGUGUAAAAUACCAUCAAGCUAAAAACAAAAAGUAAUAGUAUUUUAUUAUACACUGAAUCGAAAUGAAAAUUAGCUUAGUUUUUUGUCAUUCAAAGAUAUCCUAAUCCAAAAGCUCUUUAGGUAACAAUAUAGAUUUUGUUUUAUUUUCUCAAUAAAGUGUAUAAUACAUGGAAUGAUAAAGGAUAGACAGCAUACAGUAACAAAAGAAAGGCGGGACACAAAAAGAGAAAGAAAGCAUAACACACAAAGAAAAAUGAAUGACAGGAGGAACGAUUCUUAUG